CGCCCGUGAAUGCGAGCCCGGAUCUGGCUUCGGUGAGGUAAUUCCUUUCACGAACCUCCCCACCUGAAUCAUACGAGGCAACGGAAAGAAAAACCCUGUUUGAUGUUCGAAAACGAUUCCUGCCUCCGGAGGAACUGAAUUUCAUCGGCGAAGAACAGGUUGAAACAACCAUAACUACGCAGCAGGAUUUCUAGGCCAUAUUGUCACCCUGUAGAGGGUUGCUGCGUUUGUACAGAGAGGUUUUCAGGAAGCGAGUUUGCAGGCAUCAUGUUGUCGACUUCAGUGAAAGUCGUGUGGGGCUUGUUGCUACUUCAGUUAUACGUGCACCGAAGUGAUGCGGGAACCGUCGCUGUCUCGGCGCUCUUUGGUACGGGGUCCGAAGGCCUGAAAUCGGUCAUUGAAGAUGGCGUCCGAUACAUCAAACGAAACACAACCUUCCUCUCAGAGGUUCAUGACAUCGUCUUCAGGGGAAUUGACGACGUCAAGACUUCAAACUCAGUCUUCUCUGCUCUGAACGACAUUUGCAACCUCAUCAGCGCGGAGCGACCCUCUGCCAUGAUCCUUCCUGAGGACAAGUGUUCAGAGUGUGAGGACAUUGCCGGUAUCGCCAGCCACGCCUCCAAUCCUAUCUUUGCCCUGGACCACGGUUCCUAUGACUCAGGCUCCAUAGCCUUCAAGAUGCACCCAUCCCCGGAAGAUACCAACUCCAUGUUUGUCGACAUCCUCAAAUACUUUACAUGGAGGAACUUCAUCAUCGUUCACGAUGGCAACAAUGCCCUAGAGUUCCUCCAGGAAGUUCUCAACAUUCAGCGGGAGCUGGAGUGGAACAUAACAGCCAUACCGGUGGGUGACAGAAACGACCACAACGGCUACAUGGAACUAGCCGCUAAGAUCAAAGCCGAAUCCACCACCAAUAUCUUUCUCUUCUGCUCGGAAGAAGCAAACGCAAAGGCCUUCCUGGUGUGGGCAGAGCAGAACCCAGGUGCUCAGAUUUUGAAUGCCAGAUACCACUGGAUCCUCGGGAACAUUGACAUGUCUUUGGACAGAACCUUCCGAACCGAACUCGAGAAAACCAACGUGUACAUGACCCGAUUUGGCAUGAACUUCACGAGGGAGCUCCAGUACGCCUUACCCACUUCCAUCGGAACCUCCACCACUGAGUGGCCAAUGAGAGACCGCCUUGCCUUCGAUGCUGUCAUCGCUGUAGGCCACGCCCUCAAACUGUAUCGUGAAUGGAGAGAAGAUAAUGGAGCCACGGGCACAGCCGUGUUGCCAGGCGAUACCCAGAUGCCGCCCUGCCCAACUGCCACUACCGUGCCUUCUGAAAAUUUCCUUAGCAGAUACCUAAAAGAGGUGGCGUUCGAAGGAAUUUCAGGGAAUGUAGCGUUUGAUGCACACGGAAAUCGUGUCAACUACACGAUUUCAAUUUACAGUGGGCAGUUCAAGACCUUGGAUCAAAUGAGGGGCGAAUGGACGCAAAACCCUAACUACUGGGAGAAAAAAUGGGACAGGAAAUGGCAGAGCGAAGGUCAUCUUAACGUAACCUACCACAACUAUGCGUCUGAGCGAAUCAUCAAGAUUGUCACCAUUGAGGCUAAGCCAUUCCUCAUGUUGAAGGGUAACGAGUCGGCCGUGACAGAGACUGGAAGCUAUCAAGGCAAUAAUCGCUUCGAGGGUUACAUCAUCGACCUGCUGGAACGAAUCAAAACUCAUGUCAAGGGGAUCGACUUUGACUACCAAGUGGAGCUAGUUGCUGACGGAAAGUUUGGCAGUAGACACCGGUACAGCUUAAUCUGGAAUGGCAUGGUGGGAGAUGUGGUCCAUAAGAGAGCCGACAUUGCAGCUGGACCUCUGACUGUAACACCCGAUCGUUCGGAAGCCGUCGAUUUUACAUACCCUUUCAUGAGUUCUGGUAUUACUAUCAUGAUGAAACACCCCAACUACGUCCAGCAUAAUCCUUUCCGCAUCAUGUACCCAUUCGGUAUCGAGGUGUGGUUCGUCAAUCUGGCCGCUUUCUUCAUCAUCAGUGCCAUGCUGUUCUUCUUCAACUACUUCGAUCCUUACGAGUGGCGCGCCGCUGCAGAACGGCGUGAGACCUUCGAAGAGAACGCCGAGAACUUCAGCAUGAAGAAUUCAAUGUGGUUCCUGACCUCUACCAUGUUCCUGCAGAGCUUCGAUGCUUCUCCCCGCUCCAACGCUGGUCGUACUCUGGCAGCGUUCUGGUGGGUCUUCACCAUUAUCAUGGUGUUCCUGUACCUGCUGAACCUCACCCACUUUGUUACCACCAACAAGAGGUUGGUCUACACCAAAACCGCAGAAGAGCUCCUAGACCAGACUGAGGUUGCCUUCGGUACAGUUGAAAAGGGCUCCACAUUUUACUUCUUCAAGAAGUCUAGCGUACCAGAGUACCAGCGUCUGUGGCAGCACAUGAACACGCGUGUUCCUUCCCCGUGGGUCAAUGACAUCGAAGACGGUAUCAAACGAGUACGUGAGAGCAACGGUUACUAUGCCUUCAUUGGUGAAGCAGGCGAGUUGAGCUUCAUAGCUAGCAAGAGACCCUGUGACUUGCUAGUGUCUGGCACCUAUAUCACCCGCACCACGUACGCUUUAGCCGUGCAGAAAGAUUCUCCGCUUCGUGACCAGUUGUCAAGUGCCAUCGAAUCACUCCGUGAUACAGGUGUUCUUGAAGAUCUGGAGAGAGAGUGGUGGGAUCUGGAUGUCCGUCAUCAGGAAUGUGCCAACUUGACCACUUGGGAGCGACAAGGUGUAUUCUCCCUGACCACAGUCGAUCUCCAAGGCGUCUACUACAUACUCCUCAUCGGCAUUAUCCUGGCUGUCGUUACCUUCGCUGUCGAAUCCAUCUCGAAUUCCUGCAAUGGUGGCAAGAAGAGCAAAAGCAGCGCUCGUAAUGGUGGUAUGGGAGGUGGCAUGGGAGGCCCUCGAGGUGGAGGGGGUAUGAGUGGACCGGUGGGUGGUGGAGCAGGAGGUGGAGACGAGAAGAUGUGGAUCUAAAUUCCAAGAAUGCGUUCCAACGUGGGCAUGAAUAAUGCACUUGUACUACUUCUCCUACGUAUGUACAUGUACACGGACGAACUGUUUGCUGUUCUGUGACUGAAGACCCAAAUAAUGAAUUUUUCCUACAAAGAAAUUAACAGCGGGACACAAGAUGUUAUGUACAUGUAAUUUGCAAAUGCAAUCAUGCCAACAACGUUCCUAAAGCACUUCUGUUUUGAUUGGUAAUUUUUUUGGAAAACCACAAAAUGCUUUGAAUUUACAUGGACAUUAGAUAGCGAAGAAGGUAAAGAUGUUGUACUCGGUGAAGUUAAGGACAUGUAUUUCUUAUUCUGAUCCCUUGAAGGAGGUGGAAAGAAGCAUACAUUUAUGUGAAAUGAUAGACACAAAAGAAGCCACUGUUUGUAGACCACUGAUCAACGAACAAUCCCGGCGUCAAAAAUUGUCAAGCCGAUUUCCAUUGCUGUACAUGUAUACCGCAGUUUUAUAAUGUUAAAGCGUAAUUUUUGACGGCUGAAGUAUUUUGACAGGGUUAAGAUUUUACGCAAUGUACAAUACAUUUACGUAAUCCCGAUUAGGUUCACGUUGUUCUAGGUUUGUAUUUUGUAUAAAUCUCUAAUCUUUGUACAGAGUGGUUUGGGGCUAAGUUGUAAAUAAUAAUCCGCGACUGUUAGCUGUAUGUUAUUUUUGUCUGUUAGCUUUGUUUUGAUUUGUUUCAUAUAUCAGAACGGUUUCGUUUCGUUUUUAAAAUUGUCAUUCUCCCUUUUCAUGAUCACGGUAACUGCACUUGCCAGAGAAUUUUCUGACAAGGUUACGAUUCUGAUCUCUUGAAAGUUAUCACAUGAAUGCUCAUUAGGCCCUACUCUUUUGUUCCAAGUUGAACUAUUGCAAUAUACAUGUACACUCAGUGUAGUUUUUGUUAUAAUAAGUCAUUUUCUUUCGAAUAAGUUGUUAGCUUUUCUUAAUUCGUAAUCAUUUCGCUUAGAUUUACUUUAAUCAACUUUGUUAAUAAGCAUUUUUAUGACGUGUGUAUAAAUUUCUGGAUUGUCAAAAAGAUCAUGCUUCUCGUAAUAAAAAGGAAUGUAAUUUGCAAUUUA